AUGGCGACAAACAAGAUCGUGGUUCUGGGAGCCGGUGUGUCUGGAUUGACCACUGCGUAUCUUCUUUCGAAGGACCCCUCGAAUAGUAUCACCGUUCUCGCGAAGCACAUGCCUGGCGACUAUGAUAUAGAAUAUGCCUCCCCGUGGGCUGGGGCCAAUUAUCUCCCUGUGGGCAAGCGUGGAAGUGACCAUGAGAGAUGGGAGCGCAACACUUGGCCAGCAUUGAAGGAGCUGACCGAGAAGCAUCCCGAGGCAGGACUUCAUUUCCAAGAAACAAUCGUCUACAACCGCACCAAAGACCAAGGAUCCGCAACCGGGGACUGGUUCUCCGAGCUGGUGCAAAAGAACCCCUGGUAUAAGGAUGUUGUGCCGGACUUCCAAGAGAUCCCCGCCGACCAGCUAGCCCCGGGCAUCGACAACGCCUCCCAAUUCACCUCCGUCUGCAUCAACACGGCAAUCUACCUCCCCUGGCUAGUGGGCCAAUGCCGGCGCAACGGGGUGGUCUUCAAGCGCGGCGUCCUCAAGCACAUCAGCGACGCCGCUAACACUCCCCACCACCACACGGGCCACAAGCCCGACGUGGUCGUGAACUGCACGGGGCUCGCGUCCCGCACGCUCGGCGGCGUCCAGGAUGCCAAGCUCUACCCGGCGCGCGGGCAGAUCGUCGUGGUGCGCAACGACCCGGGCCAGAUGGUGUCGAUCUCGGGCUCCGACGACGGCGAGGACGAGGUCGUCUACGUGAUGACGCGCGCCGCGGGCGGCGGCACCGUCAUCGGCGGCUCCUACCAGAAGCACCAGUGGGACCCCCUGCCGGACCCCAACCUGGCCGUGCGCAUUAUGAAGCGCGCCGUCGCGCUGUGCCCCGCCCUGGUGCGCGACGGCCAGGGCAUCGAGGGCCUUGACGUCGUCCGCCACGGCGUCGGCCUGCGGCCCCUCCGCGAGGGCGGGCCCCGCGUCGCCGCCGACCGCAUCGACGGCGUCGCCGUCGUCCACAACUACGGUCAUGGCGGGUUCGGGUACCAGGCCUCGUUCGGCUGCGCGGAGGAGGCCGUCCGCUUGGUGCAGAGCUCCUUGUCCGGCCGCGCCAAGCUUUAG